AAUGACCAUGUCAUAGAGAAAGAGAGAUGCACAAAUGCCAAUUCCUAUGAGGGAGCAGGUUUCUCGAAGAUUGAACACGUGGAGAAGUAAAGUAGAUCGACCCAGUUUUGGUCAACUUUAAGUCUUUGUUCAUAUGGGAGGGGUACCGGAACGAUGGUUUUGUAAGAAGGGGUCCCCCUUUACUACGGGGCCAUAUAAGUAACGUCUGCUGCCACUGAAGAGACAGAGUCUUGCACCCCUUCGUUGAUUCGAACGUCGUUUCAUUUUUUAGCGACCAAGAAUGCAAUUUGGAAUUCUCUUCUCGGUGGCAGCGACAUUGCUGCAUACUAGCUAUGGUGGCUUUGUAUCUAUCAGGAUGCCGUACUUGAAUCCAGCAGGUGUAACUUAUAUAAAUAAUAUUGAACCUGAAGCUCAGCUUGCUUAUAGCAUUCCUGCUAAAAUCGAAGCCCAACACGUUGGAUAUGCAGCUGCUCAAGUUCCAGCAGUGGCUGCUGUACCUUUCGUCAAACAUGUACCAACUAUUUCUCAUGUGCCAAUUACUAAAAUUGAAGCCCAACCUGCUGUUUUGGAAAAACAAUUAGAUGUGGUAAAACCGGCCGUUUCUACUCGUAAAUUCGAAGUACGUCGUCCAGCAAUUCAGAAGCAAUUUUAUGACAUUGAAGAACGUGUAGUUGUUCGUCCAGCUGGUUCAGCAGUAGUUGAACUUGAUCAACCAACUUCCAAAACUCAGAAAGGACCAGCUGUGAUUCAACCUUUGCUCCAACAUUUCGAAGCAACUCAAACUCUUCCAUCUCCAACAGUUUCUUCUGCUCCAAUUUCCAAUGAUGAUGAAACUGUUGUAGUAGAAAAUCCUGAAUUUCGCAAACUCAAUGUUCAGAGUCAGGCUAGUGGAAGUUUACCCCAAUUAAAAACUAACUUGAACGGUGCAUCAUCAAAUGAACCUCUCGUUGCUCAUGAUCCUUCACCAAGUGUUAUCGUCAGUCCCAAUUCCUCUCCUGAACAAGAUCAACAGAAUCAGAACAGAUUGAUUGAAUUGCUCACUGCUCGUGGCAAUGUUGCUGAGGUUGGAUUCGGACAUUCCAGUCCCUCUCAAUCCGCAAUUGGAGAUGCUGGACAGGUUCGAGGUCGAGUAAUUUCUGCCACUCCAGCUCCGGAAUCUGCGGAACCAGCUGAUGAACGAGUUUCUACAAGACGUGUCGUGAUCAGCAGGCCAAUUGAAACUCUUCAAGAAGUGAAUGUUGUGGAACCAGCAACGAAAAUAGAAAGAGUAUCCGUACAACAACCUACCUUUAUAAAAACCACACGUUUAGAUCAUGUUCAAGUUCAUAGUUCUGUCCCUGUAGUCGGAAAAGCUCUUGCACCAACGAUUGCUCAUGCUGCUGUUCCGGUUUAUCAGAAAACCAUUUCGCCAGCUUAUGAAUAUUAUCAUUAAACCAGUUGACUUGUGAUCUUGUUUUAAAAUAGAAUCAGUGAAUAUAUAUUGUGCUAUAUUAGAUUUAUA